AUGAAGAAUAUAAUUGCGGUAAAAAGCGAUUCCUGUCGACUCUGUCAUGAUGAGCAGGAAAGACAAUCUAUCAAAAGUAGUUUUCGCGAUAAGGAUAAACCAUCACGUUUUAAGGAUUUACAAACGACACGUUUUCAAGUAGCACCACAAAAUGAAGAUUCAGAUGACUCCAAUGAUUCCAAAGAAGAUCGUGAGCUGCUGGAUAAUGAAUAUGAUACAAAAUAUGGUAAAAGCUUUCGACAUUUUACACGUGAAGCUUUACCACGUUUGGAUAAUUAUCGUAAUAUUAUGUCAAUACAAGCUGCCUACCGUCCUACACUUGAUGAACUACACAAUGCAACCCUAACUGGCAAGAAUACUCAUAGUUUAAACCGCAAUGAAGAUAUAGAAGCUGCUGUCAUGAAGGGCAUGUUAAAGUUUGGUUGGAUCAAAGGUGUCCUGAUACGGUGUCUGCUUAACAUUUGGGGUGUUAUGUUAUUCCUGCGUCUGAGUUGGGUAGUUGGACAAGCUGGUAUAUGGCAAGGAUUUGUUUUAAUUUUGACUACAACAGCGGUGACAACUAUUACAGCGUUAUCCAUGUCUGCGAUAAGUACGAAUGGUGUGAUAAAAGGAGGUGGGACAUAUUAUAUGAUAUCACGUUCGCUUGGUCCUGAGUUUGGCGGUUCCAUUGGUUUAAUAUUUUCACUGGCAAACGCUGUUGCUUGCGCGAUGUAUGUGGUUGGUUUUUGUGAAUCCAUGUUAGACUUGCUAAAAAGUUUUGGUGUUAGCAUUAUCGAUGGUGGAAUUCAAGAUGUGCGUAUUAUUGGCAGUAUUACUAUAUUAAUACUACUUGUGAUAGUAGUCGUUGGCAUGGAAUGGGAAGCAAAGGCACAAAUUGGUUUGCUUAUCAUACUUUUGAUUGCUAUUGCUGAUUUUAUGAUUGGUUCUUUUAUUGGUCCUAAAAGUGAUGGUGAAGUUGCUAAAGGAUUUUUAGGUUAUAAUAUGACGACGUUUAAAAACAACUUUUUCCCUGCUUAUAGAGAAGAUAAAGGCGUGAGGCAUGACUUCUUCUCCGUAUUUGCCAUAUUCUUUCCAGCCGCAACUGGCAUUUUGGCUGGUGCUAACAUAUCUGGUGAUUUAAAAGAUCCACAAAAAUCUAUACCAAAAGGCACCAUAUUAGCUAUCGUGAUCACAACAGCAACUUAUUUGAUAAUGGUUUUGCAGUGUGGUGGCACUGUGGUACGUGAUGCAACUGGUAAUGUAACAGAUAUGGUAAAUGGUUCUUUCGCAUUUUUAGACUGUUUACCAGGAGAAUGUGAAUAUGGACUUCAAAACUCAUUCCAAGUCAUUGAACUUGUAUCUGCUUGGGGACCACUAAUCUAUGCUGGCUGCUUUGCUGCUACAUUAUCAUCUGCUUUAGCUAGUUUGGUAUCCGCGCCUAAAGUAUUUCAGGCUCUCUGCAAAGAUGAACUUUAUCCAAAAAUAGUUUGGUUUGCCAAGGGUUUUGGUAAAAAUAAUGAACCAGUCCGUGGUUAUGUUUUGACAUUCGUCAUUGCUGUCGCUUUCAUUUUAAUUGGGGAGUUGAAUUUAAUUGCACCCUUGAUUUCCAAUUUCUUCUUGGCCGCAUACAUGUUAAUUAAUUUCAGUACAUUCCAUGCAAGUUUAGCUAAACCAGUUGGUUGGCGUCCUACCUUUAAGUAUUACAAUAUGUGGCUUAGUUUAGUUGGAGCUGCAUUGUGUGUGGCAGUUAUGUUUCUUAUCUCUUGGGCUACGGCUCUUAUUACAUUUAGUGCUGUAUUGGCUUUGUACUUAAUUGUGGCUUAUCGUAAACCGGAUGUUAAUUGGGGUUCAACUACACAAGCUCAAACAUAUAAGAAUGCUCUUAUGUCAGUACAGCAAUUGAAUAAUGUUGAGGAACAUGUAAAGAAUUACAGACCGCAGAUUUUGGUGUUGUCUGGUUUACCAAAUACCCGACCUGUACUCGUAGAUUUCGCCUAUAUGCUAACGAAAAAUUUGUCUCUACUUGUUUGUGGUCAUGUCCUGCGUGGUUCCAGCUCUCAACGUUAUCGUAAUUAUUUGCAAGAACGUGCAUCGUCAUGGUUCCGUAAACAUCGUGUAAAGGGCUUUUAUUCAUUAGUGGAUGGUGAAGAUUUUGAAUCUGGUUCAAGAGCACUAAUGCAGGCUUGUGGUAUUGGUAAAUUAAAACCAAACAUUUUACUUAUGGGCUACAAAGCGGAUUGGCAAACAUGUGAGCGCAAAGACUUAAAUCAAUACUUCAAUGUUAUGCAUAAGGCUCUGGAUAUGUACUUGUCAGUUGCAAUUUUACGCGUUCCCAAUGGUUUUGAUUGCUCGCAAAUACUCGGUGAUGAAAGCAGUGCACAAAGAAAUAUAUUGGAUAUACCACGCACUUUGCAACCAAAUGAAAGCUCUGCAGAUUUAAAUUCAGUUGAACGUAAUGCACAAAAUGGUUUAAGUGGUAGUAUGGAUUCUUUGAGCCGCAAUGUAUCGCAAGAUGCUGGAGAAUCAACGCAGAACAAUGAAAAUGGCUUGAAAAUGGUUAAAUGUAAACCAAGUUAUACAAUUUUUCGAAAUGGAAAAUGUGGUAAAAAUUUUUUUAUAUAUAUUUUAUAUAUUUUAUAG